AUUUUUUUUUCUUUUUCAGUGUAGUGAAAAUGUCGUCGUUGAGAAAUGCUGCCAAGUCAACUCAGAAGAUUCAUAGAGAGCGUCAUCAGCCGGAAAGCAGACAGCAUCUCGGGUUUUUAGAGAAGAAGAAAGAUUACAAGAGACGAGCCAAGUAUUUUGAGCACAAAAAGAGGACUAUUCAAAAUGCUGCCAAGAAGGCGCUCGAGAGGAACCCUGAUGAAUUUUAUUUCCACAUGAUCAAUUCACGACUCGAGGAUGGAGAGCAUCAUGAGAACGAAGAGAAGGACAAACACACUCCGGAGCAGGUUUUGAUGAUGCAGUCGCAGGACUUGAAGUACAUCACGAUGAAAUUGACUUCAGAGCGAAAGAAGAUUGAGAGAUUGAAAGCUCAGCUGCAGUUGAUUGGUAUUGAAGAGCCUUUGAACAAGAAGAAGAUUGAGAGAUUGAAAGCUCAGCUGCAGUUGAUUGGUAUUGAAGAGCCUUUGAACAAGAAGGUUAUUUUCGAUGAACUCGGGAGAAGGAUGGAAGUUACCAAUCGGACAGAAUCUGUCACUGAGGAUCUCGCUGCUGGGGCUCAUGGUGUGGAUUUGGAGGAUGAAUUCGCUGUCGAAAGGUUAGCCAAGCAGUCUUCCAAGGGUUACGCGGAGUUGGAAAAGCGGUUGGACCGAGCUCGCGAAUUGUCCGUCAUCAGGAGGAAGUUGGAGCUGAAAAUGAUGAUUGCAAAAACCAAGUCUGGUGAAGAGAAACCGCAGAGAAUCGAACCUGCCACAGUCUCAGCCCCUCCUGUAUACAAGUGGAAGAAUAUACGAAAGCGCUGAUUUUUGAUGAGUUAUUUGAUGAUUGGUUUGUCUCGGUUUCUGCGCAAAUUUCAAUUUUAAACAUUUCCACUAAAUUUAAAGCUCGAA